CUGCAGUACCACAAGAAAACCAGCCAUGUGAUCUAGGCUCAAUGGGAACACUAUUAGCAUGUCCCUGCAGACAGAAUUUCACAUGUAGUCAUUCCAAAAGCACCAAAUAUGGAUACCACAGGCAAAAAUAUUACAGCUGUCUCUGCAGAUAUCCAGAUGAUGCAGAAAAUUGUGACAAGUACAAGAAUGACAUGGAAAGAUACAAAGAUGAUCCAGGAUCAGUUUGUCAACGAACAGUUGACUCAAACCUACUUAUUGGACCAUGUGGUUACAACAAUUGUGGUGAUGAUCAAUGUUGUCUUCAGAUUAAAUGUGAUGAAGUUAAAAAGUCAAAAGUAGAUGUAGUAAGUAUAUGCAGCUCAAUACCACAAGUUGGAGAUCCCUGUGAUGUUGGAUUGAAAGGAUCUCCAUUGACCUGUCCCUGCGGACAGAAUUUAAGUUGCAGCAACUCUAAAUCUAAACGUCAUGACACAUAUGGGAAAUACAGAGACAAGUUUUACAGUUGUCUUUGCAGAUAUCCAGACAACACUAAAAAGUGUGAUAAAUACAAAAAAGAAAUGGACAAAAAAGGAAACAAUCUGGAAUCAGUCUGCAUGACAGCAGCUAAUCUAAUGCCUGGACAGUGUGGUACCAGCAGUUGUGAUGUACAACAGUGCUGUUUGCGGAUUUCAUGUGGUAUUAUCGAGAGAAAGCCAAAGAUAGAUACCCUGUCUGUUUGUAGUAAAGUACCACAAGAAAAAGAUUCUUGUGAUCCUGGUUUCAUGGGAACAUCGCUAACUUGUCCUUGUGGACAGAAUCUUACAUGCCGUCAAUCUGACAACACAAAAGCCACUUACUACAGAGAAAAGUACUUCCGCUGUCUCUGCAGAUACCCAGAAACCUCAUACAAGUGUGAUAGAUACAAAGAGAAUAUGGAGAAGAAUGAGAUAGAGAGCCCGGGAUCAUUUUGCCGGCUAAGACCAAUUUCAAGAUUAAACUUGUGUGGCAGUACAGGUUGUCGAACAGGACAGUGCUGUGUGGAACUCGCUUGUCCAAAAAACCAGUUUGCACCAGACAGCGUUUCUUUUUGUCUAUCUGCACCUGGUGAAAAUGAACGAUGUGAUCCAAAGGGCACGUUCCUGUGUCAAUGUGCAAACACACUAUCCUGUGUUCAGUUCCGUUCCACCAUCGAUCCAUACAAGCCAGAGAAAGACUACGCUAACUGUCUUUGCAAUAACUUUGAAAGUCCUGAAAAAUGUAAGUACUCAUCAGUACUGUGCAGAAAUGGAUCUCCUGCACAUUAUCAAGAUGCUCCUCGGUGCCAACAAGUCACUAUAAUUACACCACCUUUUCAAGCUACACCACCAACGUCACCAGCAACUCCAACAGUUACCACAAAUCCAUCGACAAUCACUCCAACAGCACAAACUCUUCAAGUAACAACAGAGACCAUAAAAGCAACAACAACGACCCCCAGAACAACAACAGAAACUCCCAAGGCAACAACAGAGACACCAAAGGCAACAACAGAGACACCAAAGGCAACAACAGAGACACCCAUGGCAACAACGGAAACACCAAAGACAACAACAGAGACACCAAUGGCAACAACAGAAACACCAAAGGCAACAACAGAGACACCAAUGGCAACAACAGAGACACCAAUGGCAACAACAGAAACACCAAAAGCAACAACAGAGACACCAAUGACAACAACAGAGACACCAAUGGCAACAACAGAGACACCAAUGGCAACAACAGAAACACCAAAGGCAACAGUAAGCAGACCAACUUCCAGGGAGCCACCAGAGAUUCCAGGACAAACAGUAACAUCGGCCGCUCCUACCACAUCAAGACAGGUCACAUCAACAGAGACCCAGAAAUCAACAACGAAUACUCCAACAGCAACUGAAAUCUCAGAAACUUCAGAACUACCAACUCUUGAACCACCAUUUACUGGCAGUGGAAUGAUGACAAGUCAAACAAUAAUAAUUAUAUUUCCUGGGAAUGAAACUCCAUCUCCCACAGAUGAUGACACAGUAACACCUACACUUCCAUCUUAGCUUACUAACAGAACUGAAGUCAUUCCACAAUUAACAGACAGUCUAUAACUAACACAGAAAAAGUGCAAAACCUUAAGCAGAUACAUUUAUCAUAAACUUCACUAUGCUUCAACAUUUGUUAUAUAAGUCACUCAGUUUAGUAUUGCUCGUCUACACAGACUACGCAUGAAUGCAAAAAUUUGAAAUUUUGCAUCCAUGAUACUUAGUAUGGUGCAGCAUUUACAUCCUAGCAUCACAGUAACUCUGAGAAUCAAGAUAUCAAGUCAUAACGUAGAUGUAAAGUAAACAAUAAGUAAAAGGCCAUUUCAGAUUAGGCACAACUAAAAUAAGUAAAACGUGUGCUAAACCAACUUUGCUUCUCACAACCUCCAACAUUUCUGGAGCAACCUACCUGAUAUCCCUGAAAUUUAUAAACAAUCCAAAAUGUGACCUGUCAUUUACUGCUUUUGCAAAAACUAGUUUGAUAGUGUUUUGUAGUUACUACACAAGAUAACCAAACACUCCACACCCCACAUGCAGCCAAUUUUGGCCACUUGCACGUCCACAAAGCAUGUUCUCAGCAAUUCACUAUGAUGUUGCCAACUACUUUGAA